UGCUGGUCCAGAGUGUGUCAUGGGUCCCUGUACGGCCUCCCAUUGCUGCUGUCUCCAUCGCCACACUCUGCCAUGUGCCACUUUCAGGUCUCCUCACACUGCUGGUGGGUUCCAUUUUGUCAUAGGGUGCUGGCAGAUUACGGGCCUCCCAUUGCUGCUGCCAGGCCCGUAAUCUGCCAUGGGCCCCUGUACCACCUCCUCAUGCUGCUGCCAGGUCCAGAGUGUCUCAUGGGUCCCUGUACGGCCUCCCAUUGCUGCUGUCUCCAUCGCCACACUCUGCCAUGUGCCACUUUCAGGUCUCCUCACACUGAUGGUGGGUUCCAUUUUGUCAUAGGGUGCUGUAUGGCCUCCCAUUGCUGCUGCCUCCACCGCCACACUGUGGCUCCACACUCUGGUUUUGGCCCCGUGACUGCCCAAAUGAGU